CAAGCUAGUCUCAAAUCCCUGUCCUCAAGGGAUCCUCCUGCCUCGCAUCACAAUGCUGCUGGGAUUAUAGGCAUGAACGCCCAGCCAGGGCAACACUUACAACUAUUAACAGCCUCAAAUAAAUACACAGUUCCAAUCACAAUCACAGAACACAAUCAGAGUCAUAUAACAUCAUAGAAACACACAAUCAACACCACAAAACAGGACAUACACCUAUGUAGAAAUAAUCAUACACACACACACAGUUUCAGUAUCACACAACAUUACAGAGAAACACAGCCCCACACAAUCAGGUAAAAUUCAACAAAUACAACCACAAAGAUGCACCAUCAUAGCCCCACAAAGUCACAGGCACACAGUCAGUCCCACCCACACACAGAUGCACACUCAGGCACAGUCACAACAUAGAACCACAGAAUCUCUCUCUCUCACACACACACACACACACACACACAGCUUCACGUGCUUCUUGGGACAGACUAUCAAGCAGGUUUGCUAUUAUAAAAUUGUCCACUCCGAGCCCAUCUUUCCCCCGACCAGCACUCCAUUAGAGGAGACUUAGAAGUCUGGCCUCUCGAGUUCCAGGACUCAUUUUUUUCUCAUGCCUCAGUUUCCUCAUUUAACUCCUGGAUUCCCUCAGCAUACACCUCCUGAAAAUAACCAAUCAGGAGUGGGCCGAGCCCCCGCCUAUGGCCAAUAAGAGCGGAAAUACAGCUGGCGGGUUGGGGCACUCGUUUUCCGCGGCUUCCAGCUUCUGCUGCUUAAAGGGGCUAAUAUACCUGGGCUUGGGCGCGCCUGCCUUCACGGGUAGGUCUGCCAUAGCCCCUUGAAAAGGCAGAGCUGCGGAGGAUCCCGGUCUUAGGAGGAACCAAUGAGACGCUUCAUUCGGCCACCGCUCCACCCACGUCCGGCGGAAGUCAAAGGCCUUCGUCGGUUGCAUUCGGUGGGCUGGGAGGCACCAGGUCGCUGUCGUUGCUCCGCUCGCCCGUCCACUGCUCGCAUGGCCCUGAGAGGCGUCUCCGCGCGGCUGCUGAGCUGCGGGCCGGGUCUGCGCGUCCUGCGCACUUGGGUCUCGACGGCGGCGCAGACCGAGAAAGGCGGGAGGACACAGAGUCGACUGGCCAAGUCCUCGCAUCCUCAGUUUGACUGGCAAGACCCGCUGGUGCUGGAGGAGCAGCUGACGGAAGAUGAGACCCUCAUCAGGGACACCUUCCGCAGCUACUGCCAUGAGCGACUCAUGCCUCGCAUCCUGCUGGCCAAUCGCAACGAAGUGUUUCAUCGGGAGAUCAUCUCAGAAAUGGGGGAGCUGGGUGUGCUGGGCCCCACCAUUAAAGGGUAUGGCUGUGCUGGGGUCUCAUCUGUGGCCUACGGGCUCCUGGCCCGAGAGCUGGAGCGGGUGGACAGUGGCUACAGGUCAGCAAUGAGUGUCCAGUCGUCCCUUGUCAUGCAUCCUAUCUACGCCUAUGGCAGUGAGGAGCAGCGGCAGAAGUACCUGCCCCGGCUGGCCAAGGGGGAGCUCCUGGGCUGCUUUGGGCUCACAGAGCCCAACUGUGGGAGUGAUCCCAGCAGCAUGGAGACCAGAGCCCACCACAACCCAUCCAACAAGAGCUACACCCUCAAUGGGACCAAGACCUGGAUCACCAACUCACCUGUGGCUGACCUAUUUGUGGUGUGGGCUCGGUGUGAAGAUGGCUGCAUCCGGGGCUUCUUGCUGGAGAAGGGGAUGCAGGGUCUCUCAGCCCCCAAGAUUGAGGGCAAAUUCUCCCUGCGGGCCUCGGCCACGGGCAUGAUCAUCAUGGACGGCGUGGAGGUGCCCGAGGAGAACGUGCUGCCCAACGCGUCUGGCCUGGGGGGUCCCUUUGGCUGCCUGAACAAUGCCCGGUAUGGCAUCACAUGGGGCGUGCUUGGAGCCGCCGAGUUCUGUUUGCACACGGCCCGGCAGUAUGCCCUGGACAGGAUCCAGUUUGGUGUCCCACUGGCCAGGAACCAGCUGAUUCAGAAGAAGCUGGCCGACAUGCUCACUGAGAUCACGCUGGGCCUCCACGCCUGCCUGCAGCUCGGCCGCUUGAAGGAUCAGGACAAGGCCGCCCCAGAAAUGGUCUCCCUGCUGAAGAGGAAUAACUGUGGGAAAGCCCUGGACAUUGCCCGCCAGGCCCGGGACAUGCUGGGCGGGAAUGGGAUUUCUGACGAGUAUCACGUGAUCCGGCAUGCUAUGAACCUGGAGGCUGUGAACACCUAUGAAGGUGAGCUCAUUCAUUGCACAGCUACCGCUGAAAUAGUGACUCCCAUGGUGCGGCGGGCUCCAGCCCCUUAUCCCGCUCUGAGUUCUGGGUCAGAAAGUCCAACUGUAUCCUGGUCAUGUUCAUGUGGAUGUCCCCAGCCACCUCACAUGCCUGAAAAAAGCCAAGGCAACAUGGAACUGGUGUUUUUGCCUCUGCCAGAGAAGCCAACGCCUGCUGGAAGAGUAUCAGCUCACUUGCUGUGUCCCCAGCACCUACAACCGUGCCUGGCACACGGAGAUGCCCCAUCAGUCUUUGCAACAAGUGAACCAACAGCAGACACUGGACAGACCCUGUGGAAGGAAAGAGUGAACCAGAAGGACUCGGGCCUGUGUGGCCCUGUUGGGCCGGGGUUCUUCCUCACCUAGCAGGCCCUCCACCAGCUUCCUCCUCGCGAUUCUCCUCACACUGCUGAUGUUCCUUGCUCUCCCCCAACGGCAGUGGCUCCUGGUCCUUGCACUCUACAUGGGGCAUGUCCACCUGCGAGCACAGCCAGCGCUUGAGAGGCCGAAGGAUGGAGGGUGAGAAGUGGUCAGAUCGCUCUCCUCCCAACCCUUCAACCCUGGGCACCUAGAUGUGCCCCAGCAGCGUGGUGGGGACCCACUGAAGAGACGAGCGCAGCUCGGGUGGGCGCCUCAAGGAUGGGGGUGCGGGGUGGGAGGACUCUCCGUCCCAGAGGGACACCUGGAUACCAAGCGGGGAGAUCUGAGGGGCCAAGGUGAGGGCCGGGGGGCCUGGGCUCCUAACUGGUGUGUGUGUUGGCUGGAGUCAUUCGAGGAAAGGGGAGCAGUAGAAGAAAAAGAAGAAGAAAAGAAACAGGUGGGGCGCGUGGGUGUCUGUGGCUCUAUCUACCCUGCUCCUGCCAUGCGCCAUGAGCCAUGCGCGGAAGUCUGUCCUUCCCGCCCAGAGUGUCAGCUCGUCAGUCAGGGCCCAGUAGGUCAGUCAGGAAAUUGGGGCCGGGCCUGGUGAGAGGAGGCCCCGAGGGUGGGAGACAAGUGGCCGGACUCGGGUCUGUCGGGGAGGCCCGGGAUCGCCGUAGUUCCCUGCCCGUCCGCCCGCGGCCCGCGCGAAGUAAACAAGAGCCGCUUACUCCUUGUCGCUCCAUCGGGUCUUUUCCCGCCUUUAGCCUCGCGAUCUCCGUGCACGCGUAGGCCCCGCCCUCGGCCCCGCCCCCAGCCUUCGCGCACGGGCUGCCGCGAGCGCUCCUGGCCCCGCCUUCUUUGAGAACUGGCACGAGCAACGGGGCGGGGCCGGCCGUUAAGUGGCGGUUUGGCAGUCUGGGGGCUGCGCGCGCAGCCGGCACCGCCUGGGGAUAAGCGCGUGGGUUCGGAGCGCACGUGUGAAGCUUCAGGGUCCAACAUGGAGUGGUUGGGGCGACCCUGACGGGUUCUGUGUACUUUCUGGACGUCUCAGUUCAUCCGCUCUGCCUUGGGAAAUCCUUUCAAGAAAUUCUGAUCCUGAUUACUA